AUGGAGGUAGUGUGGUCCAACAACCAAAUUUCGAAGCUCAUAGAGCUUUAUCACCAACGUAGUAUUCUUUGGGACGCCUCAAAUAAAGAUAAAUUAAAAAAAAAUGAUGCUUGGACCGACAUUGCUGCAGAAUUGCAUAUAUCGCAAAAAGAAGUGGAAACAAAGAUGCAUAUUCUACGCUCACAAUUUAGUCGUGAAAAGAAAAAAAAUAAAACAUCAAAAAGGACUGGAAGCGGUUCCGAGGAAGUGAUUAAAAGCAAAUGGCAGUGGUUUGAAUCGCUGCAAUUUUUAUUGUGUUGUGCAACAACGUCUGGAACAUCAGAUACAAUGGGAACAUUUCAAAAUCUGAUGGUGACAUUCUGGUGA